AGGCUUGAAUUCACUCUAUAACCUAGACUCACCGUAUUGUCGACCAUGGAGCAGCCUUCAACACCAGUCACUGCGGAUUUUUCGUCCUCUCCUCCCAAGCGGACCAAAAUUGUCCUUCUCGGCGACCAGAGCGUGGGGAAGACCAGUCUAAUCACUCGGUUCAUGUACGAUACCUUCGACAACACAUACCAAGCCACCAUCGGAAUCGACUUCCUGAGCAAGACAAUGUACCUCGAGGACCGCACGGUCCGGCUACAGCUCUGGGAUACUGCAGGGCAGGAACGCUUCAGGUCUUUAAUACCCUCAUAUAUCCGAGACUCUUCCGUCGCCAUUGUCGUUUUCGAUAUAACAAAUCGACAGUCUUUCCUCUCAACCACUAAAUGGAUAGAAGACGUGCGAUCUGAGCGAGGGAAUGAUGUUAUCAUCGUGCUUGUAGGCAACAAGGCAGACUUGUCGGACAAACGACAAGUGACGCUGGAGGAGGCCACGGCCAAAGCCACACAGCUCAAUAUCAUGUUCAUGGAGACAUCGGCCAAGGCUGGACACAAUGUGAAGAGUCUGUUCAAAAAGAUCGCCAUGUCGUUGCCCGGAAUGGAGAAAGAAGGGCAGGCGGAGGCUAACACCAAGGUCGACGUUACGACACCGCCAACGGCUGAGGUGCCGGAGGCAUCGCAAUGCAACUGUUGAUCUUACUAUAGCAGGCUAGAAUGUCUCCGUCCCUUUCAGGAGGGCGUCAUUCUAUCCGACUGUAAUAUUUAUAUGCAUGCUCAGUAAUAUACUCACUUUAACCUCUCCUUCAGCCUCGAUUCAUGGUGUUGCCGGCGCCUCUUGGAUUGGCAUCGACGAAUUGGGCCCAAUUUUCGUCCUUGACUCGCUUCGCCUCUGCCCUCUCCUCACCGAAAUGGGUUCCAUCCAGCUCUGAAUCCAUCUGCAGCUGCUCAGACGAAGUAGGAGCGUUUUCGGACGCAGGCCUUAGGACGUUUCAAUGCAGGAAUACUAUCGGAAUGAUCUCUGCGCACCCUCCUCCAGUGAUGAUGUUGCCUCGCUCCUGCUCGAUUUGCAGGUACUCGUCAAUAGACAUGGAGGGGAGACGGUGUCCGGGCCCGAAAACCUGCGCAGCGAACCGUGCGCGGUCAGAUGAUCCGGCGGGAAGGAGAGUGAACGGUCGAAGGGGCUGAGUUACGAUCAGAGAUGAGGAUCGAUCUGUGAGAGGACACACACCUUGCCCUGCGGAUCCAGCAGAGGUCCCUUACCGUCCGGCCCCAACCCGGAGGGAGCAUCCAGCUUCCACAUGUCGUCUUCCGCAGCACGCUGUUUGCCCCGCCUGUCCUCUUCCGGUCGGGGCGGUCGCAUUGGAGCCGGCGGAGCGUUCUUGAGAAGCUCGGAUUCCUGCUUAAGACUCAAUAGUGAGGCCUGAGCUUGUCCGUAGUAAAGCCUCAGAAUUAGCAGUGUCGUUUCACGCAACGCAUCUUCGGUUUCCGAGUCCUCCUCGUCUUCGUCGGCUGUCGUGGUCUGGGGCAGUAAUGACGAUAUCAAGGCGAAAUCAGACUCCAUUCCGGUGUCGCUGGAAUGUUGCUGCCCUCGUCGUUUGCGGAUGACCUGACGCGGUACGUUCAAUGGGAAUCUGGAGGAGGAAUCGAGACUUACGUCAAUCCUUCCCUUGAGCUCUUUCUCAGCCUGAUACUGUUUUAUUUUGAGGGCUCUGCGGCUGGUCGGAUCGGCGACUUGCCCCGGAUCUUGGACAUGGAGCGCCCGCUCGCUCUCCGGCACAACCUCGAAGUUUUCGAGAUCGGAGAUAAACAAAGAAUGGUAUCUCUGGAUGAACAAUUGAGUUUCAGGCAGAAAGGUCCCGUCGAGUGUAGGCACCUGUGAUUCCUUCAGAACCAUGGUCCGCUCUUGUGGCUCGGACGUCCGGAUACGUCCGCUAGUCUCCGCCAACACGUAGGGAACGAAAAGAUAUAUCAAGUCACGCGUAGAUAUAUCUUCCAGUAUUUCGUUGGGGCUAAACAUGGAGAGACCAUGGAUUCGAGUGCUGAGAGUCUUGAGAUCGGUCAGGCUUGAUCGAAUGAGGUCCUAAUCUCCAUUUUCAGUUCGACCUGGUGUUCCUUGGCCUGGCUCGGAUUUAACCUGAGUGGUAUCAUCGAAUGGAGACUGUUCAAUCGCUUUCGAUGCAUUCUGGAGCGCGCGCUGGAAAAGUGCG